CGUGUGACGUGUUUACUCUGCGACACCGAACGAGGUAAUGCCGUUUGUAAGAAGUUAGCCAGCUAGCUUCUGUUUUAUGUUAUUUUUGCGAAUGCAGCGUCUCACUGGACUGUUUUUUCAUCUCGAACAGGCUUCUUCCCCAGCAUGAUGACCACAGAGAGGGGAGCUGGUGAAGCUGGUGCUGCUGAGCCCAGCAGUAAAAACAAAGAGAUGGAGAAGAAGAAGAGGUCACGUGUCAAACAGCUGCUCGGUGAUGUGAAGAAGCAGGUGGAAUUCUGGUUCGGAGAUGUCAACCUGCACAAGGACCGCUUUCUGAAGAAGCUCAUCGAUGAAUCCGGCGAUGGAUAUGUUGAUAUAUCUGUGCUGGCGAGCUUUAAUCGAAUGAAGAAGCUGACUACUGACACCAAGCUGAUUGCCCGAGCAUUGAAAAACUCAUCUGUAGUUGAGGUUAACCUUGAGGGAAAUAAAGUAAGACGCCAACUCCCGGUUGGAGACGUACCGAACGAUGUCGACAGCCGCACAGUCUAUGUGGAACUUUUACCCAAAGAUGUGACCCACGGCUGGAUUGAAAGAGUGUUCACAAAAUGUGGGAAUGUGGUUUACGUUAGCAUCCCCAGAUACAAGUCCUCUGGCGACUCCAAAGGUUUCGCCUUUGUUGAGUUUGAGACAGAAGAACAAGCGCGGAAAGCCAUAGAGAUGCUGAACAACCCUCCUGAGGAUGCUCCCAGGAAACCAGGGAUUUUCCCCAAAACGAAAAGUAGGAAACCCAUUUCUCUGCCGGCUGACAACCCACCAGGUGAAGAAGAAGAGAAGAAAAAGCGCAAGAAGAAGAAAAAGAAAGAAGGUGCCACAGUGCAGCUGCCUGCAGAAGAAGUCAAAGAGCAGGAGAUGGAAGCUGAGAGGUCCGAGCAAAAGAGGCAACGCUCAGUUAGCGGGGAUUUCGAUCCGGAGGUCGCCAGCACUCAGAAGACACCCGGUAAGCUGGCGGAGAAAAAAAGACGACGGUCACAGACGGCAGAAGGAUCAGAAAGUGAGGUACCAUCGAAGAUAAGAAAAACCAGCGAAAGUGAAUCUGGAGAGAAGCAGAAAAGUGGAGCAAAGAGUAUUGCACCCACUAAAAGCGACUCGCAGAGAGGUACCGAGAAGGGGAAAGAAAACAGAGAUGAUGCAACCGUGAAAGCAAAGAGGAAGAGAAAAAAGAAACACAAAGAGAAACUCAAAAUUGGGGAAGAAGUGAUUCCAUUGCGGGUUCUAUCAAAGAAAGCCUGGCUUCAACUGAAACAGGAGUAUUUGGCCUUGCAGAAGCGCAGCAUGUCGUCCCUGAAGAAGUGCAUGAGUAAGAUUGAUCACAAGGAACACAAGAGUCUAAUGGAGACGGAUGAGAAUCCCCGAGAUGGGGAUGUUGAUAAAAGCCACAAAAGUGAAAAGGACACUAACCAGGGCCCUCAGUUCACCAGUGGUGUCAUCGUGAAGAUUACCGACAACAAGCCGCUGCCAGAGAGGAAAAUCAUCAAAGAGGUCUUGUCCAAAAUAUCUCCAGUGGCCUACAUUGAUAUUUUAGAGGGAGACGCUGAAGGUCACAUCCGAUUUCACAGUCCAGAGGAGGCCAAAGCUGUCAGUGUUGUUAAAGCAGAGCUACAGAAGGAGCACAGCUGGAAAGUGGAGAUUCUCUCAGGUGACCAUGAACAACGGUACUGGCAGAAGAUCCUGGUGGACCGUCAGGUCAAGUUGAAUCGACCGAGGGAAAAGAAACGCGGUACAGAAAAGCUCAUAUCCAAAGCUGAAAAAAUCAUCAUUGCCAGAGCCAAGGAGGCUAAUAAACACAUCCGCUUCCAGGAAGACUAGCGGCCGCUGAAAUGGGUUUGUGACAACCACACAGCUUUAACUCUGUAGAGUUUACAUGAUGUGAUUUAUAGGGGACAGUUUGCGCUGGAAGAGAACUGAAUGAAGGAGAGUAAAUGAUUUCAAAUGUCCCUUUGUUUUGUUUUUUUUUGUUUGCACUGGAGCCCCCUGAGAUAUAGUUGAAUGCUGCUACGUGUUCGGCAGUGUUUUAAAAACAAUGGACAGCCUUUUAAAAGAUCUGUAUAGAUGUAAAUAUAAAUGAUGCAAAUGUUCUCCCGGUCAGGAUGUGGACUAGCCAAUGCUUUUUUGUUUUGUUUUUAAAUAAAAUGGAAUUCUUUCACGA